UGGUUGUUGUUGAGCAGAUACGGGCACUAAGAUGGAAAGAUAGAUAUUUAAUUACAUUAUUAGUCAGUACACUAAUUAUGAUUAUGUAUUUUCUACUGCAGGAGCAUGCCAACUCUGGUCACUAGUUGUCAAUUUGAGAAUCUUGAUGGAGCCUAUGUUUUGCCACCCAUAAGAUAUCCUGAUGGUCAUUGGUAUCUGAAGUUAGGUCAUGGAAGGAUGUACGAAGAACAUAAGACAACACUGGCGGAAGUAAGGGAUUGGUACAUAAGACAAACAGGCAUUCCAGAGUGUGUAGAAAAACUGGCAAGGUUUAUGAGUCACAUGUUACCAGGUCUCAAAGUCAAGGAAGUCGUAGGAGAUGGCUGCCUCACAUCACACACACCGGAAGAAGAACCGUACAUUGACAUCAUUGCUGAAGAUUUUGGUGUUUGCUUGGGGGGCAACGGUUAUGGGGCUGGUUCCAGUGAUGAGAUAGGGAGACUAGCAGCUCGUCUCCUGAUGCUGGGAGAAUGGGACUCGGAUAUACCCCGGGAACGUGUUAAGAUUGUUUGGAAGGCUCAAGCUUAAGGAUUUAGGGACAUUUGCAUUUAUGUUGAGCACUAGUUCUCUUCUUUUUUGCUCCAUGAAUAUGCUGUGGUAGCUUUUCCAGUAUAUGUGUAUGCCAUCAUCUUUUAUAUGCUAACUUUUGACAAUUUCUCUAUGGAUUAGCAUUUUGGGAAUUAUUACAAAAUAACGUUUAAUGUCCCUUGCUGUUCCUUCUACUUCUACUGUGUUUCAAAAUCACUUUCAAAUGCCUGUAAAAUACAUGAAAAGUUAAGGAUGUAAAAAUAUUUUUGUAAUAAUAAUUAUUAUUAUAAGGAUAAAAGUAAUGGUAAUAACAAGUAAAGUAAUGAUUUCUGGCUGCAACAACAAAAACAGUUAAUGUGUUCAUGUACAGAUAAAACUAAUAAUGAUAUUAAUAAUGAUUAUUUUGUUUAAAUAGUUACAGGGAAAUAUUAGUAGUAAUAGGAAAAACACUAUAACAAGUCUAAUAUUAUUAGUUACUGUUGUAUGUAAUUAGUUAAGGAUGAUGAUUUUAAUUAUAUCUAUAAUUACUUUUGUGCAUCUUUAUAUAUUUCUUUAUGUGCACUUGUUUUUAAACUUUCUUUUAUUUGUGCACUUGUUUUUAUGAUGGCCAUUUUAAGAACAUUUUAUAUUCUGCUUUUUAAGUUUUCUGACUAUGUUAACAAACAUGAGGGUCCACAUGAGCCCCUCCCCCCCUGCAGAGUCUCCCCUAUAUAUUAAAAGCUAAGUAUUUCUCAUACAUUUUGUGUUGGUAGUGUCCCAUGCACUGAAAGAUCUGUUAACAGUC